UUUCAAUCAUUUCAUUUAAAGAGUACCAUUGACCGGAAGAGCUGAGCUGAGAUUUUAGCCUUGAGACUUGACUUUUUUGAAGAGUUCCACUUGGCUAUAUAAAGUGGUUAAGGAACCCGGAGUACCGUAUCUAGGCCCAUACUUGUUCAUGCGACAUUUGUGUCUCGACGCAAGUUCGGAAUGCUGUUUCAAGUAGCAUUUCUCCUCCUGGGAGUCGUCUCUGCCAAACCUCUCAUCGCAAGAGAGAACAGCAGUGCCACUCCCACUCCCACUGUUUCAAGCAGUAGCACACCUCCGCCUGGGCCAUCUGGUGGAUGUGCCACAUCGUCAACGAGUAGCCAAUGGUUAAGCAUAUGCGACACCACGGUAUUCUGGCCAACAUCAACCAACUACUUCUACGGCCCAACCACCGGACCCGAAGCAUCUGCUGUCUCCUGCAACGCCGAAUGGGUGGAAUACGACGGACGUGCCAGUGGCCUACAAUCCCUCGGCGCAACGUCUACCUCCACCAUCUACAGCACCUACAGCACCAGCACGGGAGCCUGCAACACCCACAUCUGGGGGGAAGGCUAUGACGACCCCCAUAGCGGCCCGGUUACCACCCUCUGCGACGGGAUCCCCCGGGCCCUGGGCCCCCGAGAAUCAUUCACCACCUACUGGCCCGGCACAGGACCCUGCAGCAAGUUCCUGGCCACCGAAACCACCACAACAUUAGUCUACCGCUCGCCCACCCCAACCCCCAGCUGCGAGCUCAACACUCAAGACUGCAUCCCCAUCUGGAAGACCUACACCAGCCUCCGUGACGCUUACUAUACCUCCGUAACCACCUCCAUCCCAGGCGACACGAACAGCCCCAUUCGUCCGGGAAGCUGCCCCUCCACCUCGAGAAACUACACCGUAGACGACCCCUGCACAAACUGCCACUUCCUUCCUGACACCGCAACCCUCUUCUACUGGCCCGUCACCACCAAAGACGGCGAUCUCUGCAAGCAAAACGGAACCACUGUUCCCGCCACCCCAACGGGGUCCGGACCGAACACCGCUAUCAUCGACGGCAACACCUUCACCUCCCCCAGUAUCUACGUCUCCUUCACCAGCGUCUACGCCCGAAGCAACCAGCGUGCCCAUCCCGGCGGGUCCUGCGGGGGCGAUUACGAAGACGUCAUUAUCUCCGUCGACCCAAGCGCCGUGUCCUCCGUCCGGAGCCAUGUCAACGCUAAAUACCCGACCAUCGGCACCGCGUACCCGUUCGAGUAUGCCGAGUUCCAGCCGCAUGAGGUCGGGGAGUAUACCAUGUCAUUGAUUCCCUGGGAGAAGUAUCAGGGUGGUUCGCAGUGUCCAUUCCGGGGCGGGAAUAAGUGUUCGAUGGUGCGCGAUGAUUAUUUACCUUGGAUGGAAAUUCCAGAGGGCGUGAUGACGCAGAUUGAUCCGCGGUGGACGGAGUGUGAUCGUCGGUGGUAUAUUCCGCCGGUUAGUAUGGUUCCGAUUAUUGGGGAUUUGGAGGCGAGAGCUACAGGGGGUGCGGAGGUGAGGGCCAGUGCUACGGCGGCGGCAGCGGUUCCGGUGGAGGGCGUUGCGGUGCCGACGCCUGAGGCUACGGGGUGGUGA